AUGGCCCAGUGGGGCCGCGCGCAGGUACCGGCGGGACCCCCCGGCACCGGCACCCCCGUACCCCCCGCGGGACCCCGGGCCCGGCCGCCCCUCACCGCCCUCUUCCCCCCACAGCAGGACCCCGAGUGGGCGCCCGAGGCCUGGCAGAGCGCGGGCCCCGAUCCCGGCGCGGGCCCCGGCGGGACGGCUCCGGCGGGGCUGUCGCUGCGGGCGGUGGCGGUGGCGGAGCGGCGGCUGGAGCGGAGCGUGGAGGCGGCGGAGCGGCGGCUGGAGCGGCUGGAGCGGCGCGUGGCGGGGCUGGAGCGCACGGUGCGGGCCGGCGGGGCCCGGCUGGCCGCGCUCCUCAGGGACAACUCCCGCCGCCUCCGCCGCAUCCAGCGCCAGCUCCGCCGCUGCCGCUGCGGGGGCAACCGCACCGGCACCGGGACCGGCACCGGGACCGCCCGGGAGCGGACACAGGUGCCAGCGGCGGGCGAGGCUGAGGAGGCCACUCUGCUGGAGCAGGAGCUGGGGAGCGUGGGCAACCAGGAGCUCCGUGGGAUUGCCAGGAAGGGGAACUACGAGGCCAUGGUCCCUCCCGGGCCCGAGGAUGCUGGUUCCAAACCUGCACUGCUGCCACCAGCCGAGGACAGGGAGGAUCCAGGGAGCCCUGGGCUGCUGGAGAAGGGAGCGGUGCCAGGACAGCUUGGUGACAGUGAGAUGAUCGUGAUCAAGACGGAAGAGCAGCAGCCGCAGGAGGAUGGAGCCGAGCUCCUGGCGCUGCCGAUGGUGCCCGCGGUCAGGCUGGACGAGGAGGUUCCCCUCAGCCAGGAGCAGCCGGUUUCCUGGGAGAGCCACGGCGUGGCCGGGCCGAAGGCGGCCGGAGAGGGCUUGGGGGAAUUCUGCCUGGGGGAAUUCAAGCCGGUGGUGGUGCCGGUGGAGGCUCACCCUGCCCCGGGGCUGCCCUUCCCAACGGAGCACGCGCUGGGCGCGGGCACGGAGCAGCCGUUCGCGCUCGCCCAGGGAAUGCCGCUGGGAGAAGACCCCGCGGCCGAGGUGGCGUCGCCGCGGCCCGGCUGGGAGCAGCCGAGUGCCCAGGACGAUCCCCGGGCGCUGCCGCCGGGCUGGAAGAGCGUCCGGCUGACGCGGAACCUCCUGGCCCGGCAGCAGAGCCGGGAGAGGAAGAGCAACGGCUCCUUCAUCUGCACAUCCUGCGGGAAGAGCCUGGCCCACCACGCCGCGCUGCUGCGGCACCAGCGCCUGCACACGGGCGAGCGGCCCUUCCAGUGCCCGGCCUGCGGCAAGAGCUUCAACGAAAAGUCCAACCUCAACAAGCACUACCGGAUCCACACCGGGGAGCGGCCGUACCGCUGCCCCGCCUGCGGCAAGGGCUUCGUGCAGAAGCACCACCUGCAGAAGCACCAGCGCAUCCACGGGCCGCAACUCCGCAGCGCCUGGCCGGGCCGGCCGGCGCGGGGCAGCACCGCCGGGGAGCGGCUCUACCGCUGCAUCGAGUGCGCUGAGAGCUUCCCCCAGAAAGCGUCGCUGGAGGAGCACCAGCGCCGGCACACGCAGCAGCGCCCCUUCCAGUGCCACGGCUGCACCAAGAGCUUCCGGCACCGGCAGUCGCUGAACCACCACCAGAAGGUGCACGCCGUGGCCGCCUCUCCGGCCGGCAGCUUGCCGGGACACGAGCCGGAGCUGGAGCCCUGCGAGGCUCUGAGCCAGGACAAUCGGUAGCCAGAGGGCUGGAGAAGGCGAGGAACAGCGGUUCUUCAGCGAGGAACACACCGGGCAGCUGGGGCUUGUGGCAGCACCGGGAGUUUGUGCACGAUGCUGUGGGACUUGUGGCACCACCUGGGUCUCGGGAGGAGGAGGAGGGAGCCUGCUGGGCUGUUCGGCGUGGAAGAGCUCAGGGUGGGAUGGGACUGGCCCCGAGGCAGCAGAGGAGGGUCAGUGACUGUUGCUGACCCGGUGGUGCCGCUGCCCCGUGGAUUCAGCAGAGAGUGACUGUGUCAGAUCCCAUGGUGGAACUCGGGUUGUUUGAACACCACCACUGUGCAGGGAGGGGGGCUGGGAGUGCUCAGUGGCCUGGGGGCAGCUGAUAGCCCCGGGAAGGCUGUGCUGGCUGGGUGGCCGGACCAGAGAAUCAGAUAAAAGACUGAGCUGACUGGUC